CCCAGCCCAGCCCAGCCCCUACGUGGGAAACUCACAGGUAGAGCUCCGGCCUAUACCAGCGUGAUUGCAAUGGAGUGGGAGACCGGCUUUGACGCUCUUCCCGAAGACUGCAUCUCUAACGCUCUGUCCCUCACUACCCCCGAAGACGCUUGCCGCCUCUCGCUGACUGCGCCCACCUUCCACUCCGCCGCCAUUUCCGACGCCGUCUGGGAGCGUUUCCUCCCGCCGGAUUACCGUGACAUCAUUUCUCGGUCCAAUAACGCCGCCGGUUUGCUCUCUUCCGGCUCCAUGAAGGAUCUCUUUAUCCGCCUCUGCGAUAACCCCGUCCUUAUCGACAAUGACACAAAGAGUUUUUCACUAGAGAAGAAGAGUGGGAAGAUAUGUUACAUGAUAGGGGCAAGGUCCCUUGACAUUGUGUGGAGUGACACACCUAAAUAUUGGCAAUGGAUCUCUCUCCCGCACUCCAGGUUCCCCGAAGUUGCGGAGCUUUUAAGUGUAUGCUGGCUUGAAAUACGUGGCAGCAUAAAUAGUAAAUCGUUGUCUCCCGGCACAAACUACACAGCUUACCUUGUGUACACAUUGCAAGUGAGGACUUAUGGCUUAGAAUACCAAUCAGUUGUUGCUUCAACUGAGAUUAUUAGUAAUGGAGAUGGAGAAACUAAAAAGAUGACUAUUUAUUUGGAUGCACGUGGAGAUGAGAGUGUUGCAACUUACCCGCCAAUAGUACCUCGGAUGAGGACAUUGAGUCGCGGGUCUAGUUAUAGAGUCAGACGGGAAGAGAUGAAUGUGGCCUUUCAAAAUGACCCUGCAAAGUUACCAAAGAGGAGAAGGGAUGGAUGGAUGGAAGUGGAGUUGGGGGAGUUUUUUGUCAAAAAUGGACAAAAUGCAGAGAUUGUUAUGAGCUUGAUCGAGAUAAACAGUCAGUGGAAAUGUGGUUUGGUUGUUGAAGGAGUAGAAAUUAGGCCAAAGGAAUAGGAUUAGUAGUUACUCCAUUAUUUAUGUCAUAUGUUGAUUAUUAACUCUUAUAAUGCAAUUAUUAAGUGAGGACAAACCAGCCAACCGGGUCAUUGUAAAUAGGGGUGGAUGUGAUAAAGUGCAUCUAAUACUCUUUUUGAGUUUUGUUUUAAUAAUUUGAGAAUACCAUGUUUACCUUCCGGAACAUUUUAUCAUUUGGUAA